AUGUCCGAAGACAUUGUUUUUGGGGCAAACCAAAUCCCUCCAAACAAGCGGCAUAAAGCAGGUCAUGAUGGAGAAGUGAAGCGCCGUAUGUGCACCCACUGCGGCCGAGCAUUCAAGCGCACUGAGCAUCUGCGACGCCAUUUGAGAACUCAUACUAAGGAGAAGCCCUUUGUGUGUCAUUGCGGAUCUUCGUUUUCGAGGCAGGAUUUGUUGGCGCGGCAUCGGAGGCUAGUCCAGCAUGACGAGGCCGCCUCGCUGGCGGAUGGCCCAGCCACUGAGACUGGGUCUACUCGUCACAUUGCUGAGCCUUCGGUUACGAGUAUAGGGCUACCGCCGAGAAAUCAUGGCGGCGCUGCGGAUGAGCCUUUAUCUAGGAGCAGCAUGGUUCCUCAGCCCUAUAUGCGGACCCAACCAUGGACGCACCUCCCCAGCACGGCGAUGGUGGAGAAUCAAAGCCAGCAGCAUGAAAUCGUGGAUGCGAGACAGUACGACCCUGACCUCUUAUCCUCGCCCAUGCUUGAGGGUGGUAUUGAUUUUGAUAUGCAGUUCAGGGGUUUUACCAGCUUCCUUGAUAGUGUUGGUCUGUAUUCUGAAUGGAGUCCAAUUUUUAAUGACUAUGGCAGAAAUGGCGACAUCGUUGAGCCAAGGCCAGAGGAAGGGAGAGACGAAGCAGCGUCCCCUCGACAAGGUACAUCAACAAGAGCUCAGACCCCGUUCAGUUCAUGGUUGCCCUCUGCUCCAAGCAUGAACAAGAUAUCGAACCAUGUCCCAGACACGAACUAUCCUCGUGCCGUUGAUCCUGAGACACGACUCUUCAAAGUAACGGAGGAUCAACGGUCCCAGCUUAAAUCUACUCUGGAGAACCUCUCUCAUCUACUCGACCCUGGCUUCCGCCUUCCCUCAAGACAUGCUCUCACCCGCUAUGUCACCUCCUUCUUUGAAGGCUUUCAUAACCAUAUGCCUUUCAUCCAUGUGCCCACAUGGCGCAUCCAGGAUCACUCGGCUGAGCUGAUCCUCGGCAUUGCUGCCGUUGGCGCACAAUACUGCUUUGAAAGAAAAGUAUCGGAACAGCUGUUUUUCGCAGGGAAAACAGCACUGAUGGAAAGAUUUGGGAGAGAUGCAAAUAUCUAUGGGCCUUCGACCAGGUCCAGAUUAUCAAUAAUCAACUUAGUGGCACCGAGCAAUGAUAACAGCAGCAGUGCCCAAUAUAUGCCGUCGGAUGAGACUGUAAGAGCCUUGAUCACACUGAUGGGGUUUGCCACGUGGGAACCCAAGGCCUCGAUGGUGCAGGAGUCGUUGGCUUUACAGGGACUUCUUACACAUAUUAUUAGGGAUGUCGGGCUUGAAGAUGAUAACUUCUCUUUACCAUCCACGGUAUUGGAUGAGGAACACGAUGGAGCCUCCCUUGAACGGUGCUGGCGAGCAUGGAUCAAACAGGAGUCAAGCCGACGAUCUAGGCUUACGGCCUUCUCUUUCCUUCACACUCAUAGCAUCGCAUACAAUGUCUAUCCCACUCUCCGCAGCAAUGAGGUUAACCUCCGACUGCCUUGUUCGACUAAAGAGUGGAAAGCUGCGAAUGCGGAACGAUGGCAUGCUGCGAGGAGGGAGGCCCAAAAGCCACAGUUAUACUUUAGGGAGGCCCUUUCCUUGCUGUUGAAAAAUAGAAAUGAGUCUGCCCCUUUGGAUCCAAUCCCGACACCAUUCGGAAACUACCUUCUCCUCCAUGGGCUGCUUCAACGAAUUCACAUCGUACGGGAUCUGAGUCUGCCGGUUAUGAGCAACACGGCAGCCUUACCGAGGGAAGAAGUGGAGAAGCUUGAGCGCGGGCUUCGCUCCUGGACUUCUGGUUGGCAACAAGCUCCUGAGUCUACUCUUGACCCCAAUAACGAGAAUGGCCCCAUCCCUUUCACAUCCAGCGCCUUGCUUGCAUCUGCCUACGUUCGUAUUUACUUGCACCUUGGGCCGUAUAGACAGCUGGAGACGCGCGAUCCACAGCGUAUUGCCCGCGCCAUUGCGUGUAGUCCUGAAAUUGAGCGUAGCGAUGGUGUCAUAGCGGCGCUGUUGUAUGCGGCUCAUAUGAUCGGAAUUCCUGUCAGGUUGGGGGUCGAGCGAGUGGCCAGGAGCCAGGCCUUCUUCUGGAGUGUGAGACACUCGCUGGCCAGUUUGGAAUGCGCCGUGCUUUUGAGCAAAUGGCUCGCAAAGCUGGCGAGUACGAUGCUCGCCAGUCCGCCGAGUGAUAGCGAAGACAGGAUAUUGCACUGGGUGCGAUGCAUUGUCAAAGAGGCAUAUACGGUGAUCGAUUUCGACGAUGAACCAGCGGCGUCCGUCAGUUUCCUAGAUCCGGCGUUCCUGUCUUUGGCAGUCUUGGAAAUCUGGGCUCAUUUUUUCAAGAGUAACACGCAAUGGCCGUUCAUCAACAUAAUUGGACAGGGUCUGGAAAAAUAUCGCGAGCUCCUGGUUCAAAAGAGGCAAGCCCCAGCGUAG